AUAGGGGUGCCCAUGGGGGGGGUCCGGGGCCGCCGGGGGCCCCCCCCCUUGGUCCUGGCCCUGUUGGUGCUGCUGGGGGGGGGCCCCAUAGGGCAGACCCAUUGCGGCUGCCCGGGGGGGUGCGACUGCGACCCAGAGAGCGCCCUCUGCAGGGGGGGGGCGGGAUUGCCCCGGGGGCUGCCCCCCCGCCUGGCCACGCUGUCCCUGGUUCGCCGCCACAUCGAGGUGCUGGGGGAAGGCAGCUUCCGGGACACCCCGGCCCUACAGCUGCUGUUGAUCACUGCCGGGCACUUGGGGACCAUUGGGGACGGGGCCUUCUCUGGCCUGGUGCUGCUGGAGUACCUGUUCAUUGAGGACAACGAUGUGGGCUCCAUCGCCCCAACAGCGCUGAGGGGGCUCCGGGGGCUGCUCUACCUGAGUUUGGCCAACAACCGCUUGGAGACGCUGCCCAAGGGCCUCUUCCAAGGCCUGGAGACGCUGACCCAGCUGGACCUCCGGGGGAACCCGUUCCAAUGCAACUGCCGCCUGCGCUGGGUCGUGUCCUGGUUGGGCAGCGUCACGAUCCCCACGGAGCCGGGGCGGUGCCAUGGCCCCCCCCAGCACCAGGGAACCCCAUUGGAGCAGCUCCAGCCCCGCGACUUCCAGUGCCUCAGCUCAGAGCUUCGCCCCUUCCAGUCCCUGCCCUUCUCCUCGCUGGCGGCCGAGCCCUUUGCUAUGGGGGGACACCCAGGGUUGGCCUUGGCCCAGCCCUUCAAUGGGGCUUGUGCCCUACUGGAAUGGGACCAGUUGGCGGGGCGCUUCCGGGCCCCCACCAUCAUCAAUGGCACUGCCCCCGUCGCCUGCCACCCUCUGCCCCUCGGGGGGUCCCUGGUGUUGGUCAUGGCCCAGCUCAGCGGCGGCUCCUCCGUGUGGCGCCGCUCCGGGGGCCCCGGCUCCCGCUUCGUGCGGCUCCAGGCGCUGGGGGGCGGCCGCUUGCGCCGGCCCCACGCCGUGGCCAGCGCCCGCCUCGGCGGCCACUGGUACCUGGGGGUGGCCGAUAGCUCCAAGGGGGGCACCAGCACCCUCUUCCGAUGGGGGGGCCGAGGCUUCUACCCCCACCAGGCCCUUCGGCCCUGGCACCGCGACACCCACCUGGAGUUCCUGGAGCUGGGGGGCAGCCCGGCACUGGUGCUCUGCAGCGGCACCCGCAGGCCCCUGGUCUAUCGGUGGAGCGGGGGGGCCUUCGCGCCCCACACCGACAUCCCCCACGUGCCCGACGUCUACGCCGCCAAGCACUUCCGGCUGCGGGGCCACGUCUUCCUCUGCUUGACCAGGUUCCUUGGGGACGCCAAGGUGAUGCGCUGGGAGGGCUCCAUGUUCCGGGAGGUCCAGCAGGUCCCGGCCCGUGGCUCCAUGGUCUUCCAGCCCUUGGCAGUGGGUGGCCAGCGCUACGUCCUGCUGGGCAACGACUACGCCCCGAGCCGCGUCUACCGCCUGGGGCCCGGUGGCCACCUCGAGCCCAUCCAGGAGCUCCUGGCCCCAUCUCCUCGCUCCUUCGCCCCCAUCUCCGUGGGGCACCGGCACUUCCUGGUGGUCUCCAGCUUCAAAGGGGCCACCCAGAUCUACCGGCACGUCACCAUCGACCUGGGGGCCUGAGGGCCACUGAGGACACCCCAUGGUGGUGAUGGGGGAUGAUGGACAUCAAGGCAACAGCUACGUUGGCCCCGUGUCACCAU